CUGCUGGUCAGAGUGUGGAGUCCGCAUCACCCACAACACAAGCCCUGGAGGCUGGUCUGUAGACUUCACUGUGCGUUGCGUCUCAUCCCCUAACGAAAGUGAAACUGAGGCUCCAUUUUGUGAAAACGCAGUUGAACAUUUCUACUAUGACGCAUCUACAGAAUAUUAUCGUGUAGGGUCAAGAGAUCCCAGGAAAAGGAGUGUGUUUGCCUAAAAUGAGUUUGUGUGAUAAAGAAGACCAUGGCUCUACACCUCAGAGCUCCAUCCAGGAGAAGAGAUCACACUCUCCUGUACCGAGUUGUGUGUCCAUGAAGAGUGACCGGUCCAUGGAUCCACCACUCCAGUUUGGAGGAGGAGGAGGAGGAGGAGAAGGAGGAAGUGUUCCUGCUGGUCAGAGCUCCAUCCAGGAGAAGAGAUCACACUCUCCUGUACCGAGUUGUGUGUCCAUGAAGAGUGACCGGUCCAUGGAUCCACCACUCCAGUUUGGUGGAGGAGGAGGAGGAGGAGGAGGAGGAGGAGGAGGAGGAGGAAGUGUUCCUGCUGGUCAGAGCUCCAUCCAGGAGAAGAGAUCACACUCUCCUGUACCGAGUUGUGUGUCCAUGAAGAGUGACCGGUCCAUGGAUCCACCACUCCAGUUUGGAGGAGGAGGAGGAGGAGGAGGAGGAGGAGGAGGAGGAGGAGGAGGAAGUGUUCCUGCUGGUCAGAGCUCCAUCCAGGAGAAGAGAUCACACUCUCCUGUACCGAGUUGUGUGUCCAUGAAGAGUGACCGGUCCAUGGAUCCACCACUCCAGUUUGGAGGAGGAGGAGGAGGAGGAGGAGGAGGAGGAGGAGAAGGAGGAAGUGUUCCUGCUGGUCUGAGAGUAAGAUCUGCUCCUGAGGAGGGGGGUGCUGCCUCUAACACCAGUCUCUCUGAGGAACAACACACCAGUCAUGGAGCUACCAGAUAUCAGCAGAUCCACAAAUCCCACCUGCAGAAGAAGUUUCAGUGUCUGAUUGAAGGAAUCCCACAGCAGGGAAACACCAGACUCCUCCAUGAGAUCUACACAGACCUCUACAUCACAGAGGGGGGAAGAGGAGAGGUCAACUAUGAACAUGAGGUCAAACAGAUAGAGAGGACAUCCUGGAGAGAAGCAGCACAAGACAGACCCAUCAAAUGCAGUGACAUCUUUGAACGCUUACUAGAAGAGGAAAGCCACAGAGAGGAACGCUUCCUGGAAGAGGAGAGAUGCAGAAAAGAUGAGGCAAAAAAGAAGGACACAGUCUUUGAGCCCAGACAAUACAAACCCCCCAGAACAACAGUGCUGACAAAGGGAGUGGCUGGCAUUGGAAAAACAGUCUCAGUACAGAAGUUUAUUCUGGAUUGGACUGAAGGAACAGCCAAUCAGGAUGUCCACUUCAUAUUUCCUCUUCUUUUCCGAGAGCUUAACCUGAUGAAGGAGAAGAAGCUCAGUCUGGUGGGUCUUAUUCAGCACUUUUUCCCAGAAAUCAAAGAUUGCAGAGUCUUCACCAGUUCAGAGCACAGAGUCAUGUUCAUCUUUGAUGGUCUGGAUGAGUGUCGACUUCCUCUAAAUUUCCGCUCCAACCCAACCUGUUGUGAUGUGACAAAGCCAGCCUCAGUGGACGUGCUGCUGACAAACCUCAUCAAGGGGAAUCUGCUUCCCUCUGCUCUCCUCUGGAUCACCACCCGACCAGCAGCAGCCAAUCAGAUCCCUCCUCAGUAUAUGCACCAAGUGACAGAAAUAAGGGGAUUCAAUGACCCACAGAAAGAUGAGUACUUCAGGAAGAGAGUCAGUGAUGAGAACCUGGCCAGCAGAAGCAUCACACACCUGAAGUCAUCCAGGAGCCUCUACAUCAUGUGCCACAUUCCAGUCUUCUGCUGGAUUUCAGCCACUGUUGUCGAGAAAACUUCAAAUGAAUCAGACAAAGUAGAAAUGCCAAGGACUCUGACUCAAAUGUACACACACUUCCUGGUCAUUCAGACAAGCAUUAAAAAUGUCAAGUUCACAGAAAGAAAAGAGACAGAUGAAGAGGUGAUUUCCAAACUGGGAAAACUGGCUUUCCAACAGCUGGAGAAGGGCAAUCUGAUCUUCUAUGAGGAAGACCUGAGAGAAUGUGGCAUUGAUGUCACAGAAGCAUCAGUGUACUCUGGAGUGUGUACUCAGAUCUUCAGAGAGGAGGCUGGGCUGUACCAGGGGAAGGUGUUCAGCUUUGUGCAUCUGAGCAUCCAGGAGUUUUUUGCAGCUCUGUAUGUGUUCCUCUGCUUCAGCAACAGACAGAGAAACAUGCCUGACCAACAGCAAACCUCUUGGCUCUCUGCUCUGUUCAGAGGUUUACAUUUGUUCAGCAACAGACAGAGAAACAUGCCUGACCAACAGCAAACCUCUCAGCUCUCUGCUCUGUUCAGAGCUGCAACACUUCUUGACCUACACAAGACUGCAGUGGACCUGACCUUACAGAGUGAGAAUGGACAUCUGGACCUUUUCCUCCGCUUCCUUCUGGGCCUCUCACUGGAGUCCAAUCAGAAUCUCUUAAAGCACCUACUGCCACAGAACAGUAGCCAAUCAUAUAGCUCAGAGCAAACAGUCCAGCAUGUCAAACAGAAGAUCAGAGAUCAGAGGAGCUCAGACAGAAUGACCCACCUGAGACAGAGAUAUUCACACAGAUAUAGAGAUAAAGAUGAUGCUUCAGACAGAAGGAUCAACCUGUUCUACUGUCUGAAUGAGCUGAAUCACCAUGCUGUAGUGGAGCACAAAAUGGGCUCAGACGAGCUGCAUGUAGAGACACUCUUACCAGGACAGUGGAAGACUAAGAUAUGGAAGAGGUUUAAGAUGUCAGAAGAGCAGCUGGCUGAAUUUGACCUGCAGAAGUACAUAAAGACACCAGAGGAAGAUCAGACUGAACUGCUCAGUCCAGAGGAAGUUCUUCAAAAGGUGCUGCCAGGAGUCACAUCAGCUUUGCUGUAUGAGUGUAAUCUGAGCGAUAAGAGCUGUUCCUAUCUGGCCUCUGCACUGAAGACAUCACACUCAUCAAAUCUCAGAGUGCUGCACCUGAGUGGCAAUAAGCUGCUGGACUCAGGAGUGGAACUUUUAUGUUCUGCUCUUUGUCAUCACAACUGCAAACUGGAGGAACUACAGCUGAAUAGCUGUAAUCUGAGCGAUAAGAGCUGUUCCUAUCUGGCCUCUGCACUGAAGACAUCACACUCAUCAAAUCUCAGAGUGCUGGACCUGAGUCACAAUAAGCUGCUGGACUCAGGAGUGGAACUUUUAUGUUCUGCUCUUUGUCAUCACAACUGCAAACUGGAGGAACUAUGGCUGCUGUACUGUGGUCUGAGAGAUAAGAGCUGUUCCUAUCUGGCCUCUGCUCUUAAGUCUCCCUCCUCAAAUCUCACACAGCUGAACCUGAUUGGUAAUCACCAGAUUAGUGCAUCAGCUGUAGAGCCGCUCUGUGCUCUAGUGAAGGACCCACACUGUAAACUGGAGCAUCUACAAACUAGAUAUGGAACAGUGAAGUUCAAGUGAAGUGUUGAGCCACGGCCCUGAGCUGGAUGGGGUCUGUGGGGCAGGAACUCAUGACAUGAGGAUGUGAUCACACACACACACACACACACACACACACACACACACAAACCUACACACACCCACACACACUCACACACCUACCCACAAACACAUACAUACAUACACACACACCAGAGAAUGUCUGGGGAGAAAUAUAGCAUGGAAACAUCCUCAAACUGAGGAGAGCUCAACACACACACACGCACACACACAUUCUCAUUGAGCUCAAUGCAAUUCAAACCAGCUAAUUAGCUAACAGCUAAUAACUGAGAUAAAACCAUGCUAAUCUCUUGGUAUGGUGAAGGGUAUGUGAUGACGUGGGGUUAUUUUAAUUUCAAAGGCCAAGGGGACUUUAUCAGGGUGCAUAGUGUCACAUUAUUUACAAUCUUGUUACAGCCUGCAAACUACUGGCCACACACACACACACACUGUGUAAAAUGAGGCUCUGUAAAAUGUUGUUACAGCCUGCCAUCUACUGGCCACACUGAGUACUCUGUUUUGUUUUUACAAAUGCUUAGACCAAAACCUUUUCUGGAAUGACAUGGACAGAUUGAGAUAUGACAUAACCAUCAACAUAUUUAAGGCAUAUAGCAGUGCCUUAAAGCAGAUGCCAGGCCCAUUCAUAAAGCCCAUUCAAUGUGAUAAUUGCCUAUUUGAAAGAGCCACUUCAUUUAGUCUGACUUUUGUCCAAUUUGUAGUAAAACUACAUAACAUUUUUGAAUGUUCUUCUAACUUUAACAUCAACAUGUCAGCUAUACUGCAUAAAUACAGAAAAAUUAUUUGCUGUCACCCUAGUCCUACGUCAUGCCAAUGUUUAUAGCCUAUAGGACACUGACUGGAUCACCCUAGUAUUACGUCAUGGCAAUGUUUAUAGCCUAUAGGACACUGACUGGAUCUGCUCCCUGCUACUUGAACUCAAAGAACAUUUCCAACCGCCCACUAUGGUCUUCUGAUGAGCGUGCGUCUGUUGUGUUGACCAACUAUAAACGCUUGGUCAAAUUCAGAAUUUUUUUCAUCGGUGGUUCCAUGUUGGUGGAGAGAGUUGCCCAGUACUCUUUGUGCACACAAUAGCUUUGCAUCUUUCAAGAGGGGUCUUAAGGCAUAUCUAUAUGCACUUACUGUAGUGUAGUGUAUUAAACGCAUCUCAAGAUCAUGGUUUGUAUAAUAUAAAGUAGUGUUGUUUUGUUUUCAUUAGGUUAUUGAUUAAAUUGACAUUGUUCUUUUAUUAUUGCUUAACAUUCCAUAGUUAUUGUUAUGAUUGAUUAAAUGACUAUUGUUUUUUACUAUUC